AUGGCGAACCGCAGCGACCCCAUGGCCCAGGAGGUGCACGGGACGAACCCGCAGCGCAUCGUGGAGAAGAUUCUGCGCAUGAAGGUCUACGCGACGCAGUACUGGAAGGAGUACUGCUUCGGCCUCACGGCGGAGACGCUCGUCGACCGGGCCAUCGAGAUCGACCACGUCGGCGGCACGUACGGCGGCAUCCGCAAGCCGACCAAGUUCAUGUGCCUGCUCCUGAAGAUGCUCCAGAUCCAGCCGGACCUGGAGAUCAUCGUCGAGUUCAUCAAGAACGAGGAGUACAAGUACGUGCGCGCGCUCGGCGCGCUCUACCUCCGGUGCGUCGGCCGGCCGCCGGAGGUCUACAAGUACCUCGAGCCGCUCUACGUCGACUACUCCAAGCUCCGCGUGCGCACCUUCGAGGGCUGGACGAUCACGCACGUCGACGAGUUCGUCGACGAGCUCCUCACCGAGGACUACUCGUGCGACAUCGCGCUGCCGCACCUCCCGAAGCGGUGGCACCUCGAGCAGCAGAACCUCCUGGGCCCGCGGACGAACAACGCCGACGGCCUCGACGACGACGACGACGACGACGCGUCGAGCGCGUCCAGCGAGCGGAGCGCGAAGAAGCCCGAGCGCGGGCGCCUCGCCAGCCGCGAAUGCGAACAGCGCAGCGCGCCGAGUCCGUCGAGCUCCCGGGCUCGUCGCUCGUCGAGGGCGCGGGGCUCGUGCCCGCGGGCGCGAAGCACGUGUCCGAGGACCUCGCGGCGAAGACCCACACGUUCGACGUCACGAUCACGGCGCCGCUCGGCCUGA